UUUUAAUAUCUGUUGGUUUGAUGAAUUCAAUGUAUAAAUUUAAAUAUAUUGGAGAAAAUGGUUCUGGAACAUAGAGGAACCUUUGUCUUUGUACGGAAAAAAACAAUAAAUCAACCCCAAGGACAUAGCACUAAAAUAAAAAGCUCGAGUCAACAACCUUCCGCAGAACAUACAAACAGUGAUAACAGUGACGAAAAACACGAGACUGUAGAAAUUAAUUCUCCUCACUUUGUGAAAGUCAACGUUUCUUGUUCUUUUAAUCAAAUCUCUCAGCCUUUAAAAAAAAAUGAAGUUAUAAAAGAGGUUAAGAGUGAUUCUGAUCUAACUAUAAGAAGGGAUAAUCUUACGCUUAUGAAUACUGAUACAAAUAAAACUAAACGUUUUAGUUUUGUAAAAGGAAGGUUAAGAAGGUCGCUUUCCAGGCCUCAUUAUGCGGAGUUUUAUACUGAACUUCCUGACUCUUUAAGCCCUGAAGAACGCUUACGUUUGCUUUUACACAAAUGUUUUCGGUAUGGGAGAGGCAGGCUAGACCGUUGGGAAGCCGGAGACGACAUUGUACUGCACUUUAAAGAAAUUGCUGCUGAUUUUUGUCAAAGUUUUUGUGAAAGUAGUGCUUUUAAAUUCCCGCCGUCUAACAUUUUGCUAAAAUCUAAUCCUAUCAAUCUUGAAAAUUUUCGGUUGUUACGUCAUUAUUUACGAGCUAAAGAAAGAUUGGAAAAAGAAAAGAGGGUGUGGGACACGAUUUUUACUCAACCUGAAGUAUAUUAUAAAGGGUUAGAUCCUCUCAAACCAAAUGCCGAUUCUCCUCAAUUUUUGAAAGAAGAGGAAACUAAAUUACUAAAGAAAACAAUGGAAACGGACGAGCAGGAAGUUGACAAAAGCUGUCAGCUUCUUGAAUUGAAAACAGAGUAUUUACACAGACAAACGGCAGGAAUAGACCGCUUAUGCCAAAUUUCGAGUGACUGUUAUUGCAUUUUUCAUAAUGAAAUCUUAGGAAAUUCAACACGUGAACAAGUAAGCAAGCUUUCUACGAAAGAAAAACCCGAACCGACGCCGAGAAGGAUAAUGAAACAACUAACUCAAUUAUAGCAAUUCAAUCUUUUACGAGCUGCGGUUCACUGAAGCUAAAUAUAGGAUUCCAGCUUUUAAAUUAAGUAUUAGUUUUAAAAGUUAAGAUGCUCUUAUGUAAUA